AUGAAGUUCAUGAUCGGGGACCUCCCCGUUUUGUUCCCCUAUGACAGGAUUUACCCAGAGCAGUUCUCGUACAUGACCGACCUGAAAGAAACGCUCGAUGCAGGCGGACAUUGUGUGCUCGAAAUGCCUUCGGGGACAGGGAAGACUGUCUCCCUUCUCUCGCUCAUUGUGUCGUACAUGCAGUUCUACCCAACGAAGAGGAAACUCAUCUACUGCUCUCGAACAGUACCUGAAAUCGAGAAGGCGCUGGCCGAGCUCAAGCGGUUGAUGGAGUAUCGAGCAGAGUAUGGGGCGCACGAUGAAGAGUUCCGCGGACUGGGAUUGACCAGUCGGAAGAACCUCUGUCUUCAUCCCGAGGUCAGUAAGGAGAAGAAGGGCAAGAUGGUCGAUUCGCGUUGCCGAGAUUUGACUUCAGCGUUCGCAUGCGAGAAGGGCCGGGCGGAACCUGGGAGUGUGCCUCUGUGCAGCUUCCAUGAAGAACUGAACAACUACGAAACGGGUGACUUGAUCCCGGCUGGUAUACAUACGCUGGACGAUGUCAAGCGGUACGGACAGGAGAAGGGGGUCUGCCCUUACUUUACUGUACGACGAAUGCUGCCAUACCUCGACGUUGUCAUUUUCUCCUUCCACUACCUGCUUGAUCCGAAAGUCGCCGAGAAUGUCUCUGCCGAGCUCAGCAAAGAGAGCAUAAUCGUUUUCGACGAGGCACACAAUAUAGAUAACGUCUGCAUCGAGUCCCUCUCGAUUGACCUCACCCGUCCAAUGCUAGAAUCAGCGGCAAGAUCCGUCAACAAGAUCGCGGACAAAAUCGAGGAGAUCAAACGGACCGACGCAAGUAAGCUGCAAGAUGAGUAUGAGAAGCUCGUGGCGGGGCUGGCCGAGGCGAAUGAUAGUCGCGAGGAUGAGGAUAUGAUGAACAGUCCAGUCUUGUCAAAAGACAUGCUGGAUGAGGCUAUACCGGGGAAUAUCCGGAAAGCCGAGCACUUUAUCGCCUUCCUCAAGCGGUUUAUCGAGUACCUCAAAACUCGAAUGCGUGUUCUACAUGUCGUCGCGGAAACACCCCAAUCCUUCCUCGCCCAUCUCAAAGAAAUCACCUUUAUCGAACGCAGACCACUCAAAUUCGCGGCCGAACGGUUGACGUCUCUCGUCCGAACGCUCGAAUUGACCAACAUCGACGAGCACUACUCUCUCCAGAAGGUGGCGGGCUUCGGGACUCUCGUAGCUACAUACGAGAAGGGUUUCUUGCUCAUUCUCGAGCCGUACGAAACGGAGCACGCUACUGUGCCGAAUCCGAUCUUCCACUUCACCUGCCUGGACCCCUCACUAGCCAUCGCCCCCGUAUUCGAGCGCUUCGGCUCGGUGGUCAUCACCUCUGGAACCAUCUCUCCGCUCGACAUGUACCCCAAGAUCCUGGGAUUCCAGCCUACCCGGAUGGAAUCUUACCCCAUGACCCUCACCCGAAACGCCUUCUUCCCCAUGGUCAUCACUCGCGGUUCCGAUCAAGUCCCCAUCUCUUCCCGCUUCGAGGUCCGGAAUGAUCCCGCCGUGGUACGGAACUUUGGAAGUAUCCUCAUUGAUAUGAGUAAGACGGUACCUGAUGGGAUUGUCGCUUUCUUCCCGAGUUAUCUGUACAUGGAGAGUAUAGUGUCGGCUUGGUACGAUAUGGGUAUCCUAAGUGAGGUGUGGAAGCACAAGCUCUUGUUUGUGGAGACGCCGGAUGCGAUGGAGACGAGUAUUGCGCUCAAGAAUUAUCGUGAGGCGUGCAAUAACGGCAGAGGGGCGGUCUUGCUUUCUGUUGCCAGAGGGAAGGUGUCCGAGGGGAUCGAUUUUGAUCACAAUUAUGGCCGAGCCGUGAUCAUGUUCGGUAUCCCCUACCAGUACACCGAGUCGCGUAUCCUCAAGGCCCGCCUGGAAUUCCUGCGCGACAGCUAUCGGAUCAAGGAGAACGACUACCUCACUUUCGAUGCCAUGCGGCAUGCGGCCCAGUGUGUCGGGCGAGUAUUGCGAGGAAAGACCGACUGGGGGUUGAUGGUGUUUGCAGACAAGCGCUUCGCCAGACAAGACAAGCGAUCUCGUCUACCCAAAUGGAUCAAUCAGUACAUUAUCGAGGCCCACUCCAACAUGUCGACCGAUAUGGCCAUCUCCCUUUCCAAAAAGUUCAUCCGGCAGAUCAGUCAGCCGUUCGACCAUACGCAAACGGGAAUCAGUCUGUGGACGCUGGAAGACAUCGAGGCGAAGCAAGAACGGGAUCGGGUGGAGAUGGAGCGUGCGCAGAGAGAAUACGGAGAAGCGUUUGGGACGGCGAGAACGCCGGCGCUGGCGAUGGAGGGGUAUGAGCCGAUGGAGGUGGAUCCGGAUCUUGAUGGGGAUGCCGAGAUCGAGGCGAUGGCCGCGAGGGAGAGGGAUCGGGAGAUGCCGCCGGCGAACGGAGCACGGGCGGUGGAUGCGGAUAUGGACUAUGGGGAGAUUGAUGAUGAUGCGCUGGCGGCUAUGGCGGAGACGGACGGGUUCUGA